AUGACUGCAGGAUUAUGCGCCUCUGAUUUUCAGAGAUGCCAAAUGAUAGGCAAAGGUAAUUUUGGACUCGUAUUUAAAGCAAUUUAUAAAAAAACAGGGCAAACAGUUGCGAUUAAAGAAAUCGAUUUAGAAGAAUCCGAUGAUGACCUUACAGAAAUUCAGCGCGAGAUAGAUAUGCUUAGAGCAUGCGAGAGCCCAUUCGUUAUUAGGUACGAAGGAUGCGUUUUAGUCGGAUCAAAAUUAUGGAUUGUUAUGGAAUACAUGGGCGCAGGAUCUGUUCGUGAUUUGAUUCUUAUUAGAAAAAUGCCAGAAACUGCAAUUGCUAUAGUUUUAAAUCAAAUAUUACAGGGUUUAGAUUUUCUUCAUCGCGGCCGAAAAGUUCAUCGAGAUAUUAAAGCAGCUAACAUUUUACUCAGUAACGAAGGUGAUGUAAAGCUUGCCGACUUCGGUGUUGCAUCAUCUUUAGAAUCGCGUUGCCGCGCGUUUACAUUUGUCGGAACACCAUUUUGGAUGGCACCCGAAGUUAUUACAGAAGGUGGCUAUGACGAAAAAUGCGAUUUGUGGUCACUUGGAAUUACUGCUAUUGAGAUUGCAACAGGAUCUCCACCUCUUGCAGAAUUACAUCCACAGAGAGUUCUUAUUCUUAUUCCACAAAAUGCACCUCCUCAACUACAAGGCGAUUUCAGUCCUCAAUUCAAGGAUUUCGUUGAGAAAUGUCUCAUUAAAGACCCGGCGAUUCGACCAAGCGCUAGAGAUCUAUUAAACCAUCCAUUUGUCAAGAACGCUAAGAAACGCGAUGCAUUAAUUCAAUAUAUCGACAAUGUACGACCUUUCAGAGUUGCUAUGAGCGGAGAUUCAGAAGAAGAAGCCGAAGAAUACGAAGAAGAAUCAGUUGAAUCCGAUUGGCAGUUUGAUACGGUCAUGGCUGUUCGUCCAGUUACGAAAAACAAUGGAAAUGAAUAUCUUGAAAUAUUAGAAAACUCAAUUCUUCAGAUUUCACGUGAAGACAGAUUUUCUAAUGUCAACGAACCUCUCGUUAAACUCGGCGGCUUAUUCGUUUCAUGCAAUUCACAGAAUCCAAAGUUCUGUGAGGAUUUCGUUCAAGCGCUUGUUUCUGAAUCAAUGAAACAACAGGUUUGA